UCCUCGCUAUGAGUUAGGAGUGAGCCUGCAUUUCCCGGUGAGCAUAGGAUAGCUCAUAGACCAGCCACGCGUGCGCAGUCGCGCUGUUUGUUUGCGUCUCAGUGCAGGCCUUGAGAAGGGGGUCCUGGCUUAGAGGAAGAAGUUGCAGCGGUGGUGGCAGUAGCGAGGGCUCCUGGGAAUCGGUCUCCCCAGAGCAACGGUGGCUACACGUCCCGCCGCCGAAAGGGCCCCGUGAGAGGGUGAGGUGGGGCCUUCCUUGCCAGCCCUCCGCUUCCGCCGUCGGAUUGAAUGGGGCUGCCAGGGGCUCGGCAGAAGCUACGCCUUCACCUCGCCGCCCGGUGAGCUCUAAAGCUCCCGCCUCUCCAGCUUCGCUUUCCUUAGGAAACCGCUUCGGCAGUGCCAAUCUCUUUGGGCGUUACAGGGUCGUGGUCGUGCUGCGAGAAAGGGUGCGGUGCCCCCAGGAACAAGGGAAAGCGGGGCAAAGGGAAGGGUGUGCCGAUGUUUCCCACUUGGGACAAGGCUGGCUAAGGAGGGCGCCACUCCUCGGUAUAGAGAGGUCCGUGGCUUCAGCUGCUGCCGCUUCCAUUUGGGUGACAUGGGGAAGACGAUGGAAGCGAAAGUGAAUCCAAUCUAAGGAAAGAGAGGGGUUUCGUGGCCACCAAAUCCUUCUUCCCGCCGCUAAACCAAGACUCUUGGAUCACGGAACCUGACUUGUGGGGCAGGGCUUGUAAGUAUAAAGAUGAACCGAUACCUCCCAGUAGCUCGGCAACAUUUCUUGGCUGCGCUGGCCAGCACCAGCGUAGUGGUGAAGUCUAUAUGUGCCAUUGUCAUCUUGCUCUACCUUCUCUCUUUUGCUGUGGACACAGUGUUUGGACUCGGGGUGACACCUGGGUAUCUCUUCCCACCCAACUUUUGGAUUUGGACGUUAGCAACCCACAGUGUGGUGGAAAAACACAUCUGGGAUGUCGGCGUGAGCCUAGCUACUAUAGUGGUGGCAGGAAGGUUGCUGGAGCCAUUAUGGGGAGCCCUGGAGCUUUUGAUCUUCUUUGCAGUGGUGAAUAUAUCAGUUGGGCUCCUGGGGGCCUUUGCUUAUCUUCUCACUUAUAUGGCAUCAUUCAAUCUCUCUUACCUGUUUACUGUUCGCAUCUAUGGCAUGUUGGGUUUUCUUGGUGGUGUCUUAGUGGCCCUCAAACAAACCAUGGGUGACAGUACUGUCUUGAAGGUACCUCAGAUACGAAUGAAGGUUGUUCCCAUGCUCUUGCUCCUGAUCCUGGCAGUUCUGCGAUUGACCACUCUCAUUGAAAGCAAUGUCUUGGCCUCAUAUGGUUUUGGAGUCCUCUCCAGUUGGAUAUAUCUCCGUUUUUAUCAGAGGCACAGCCGGGGACGUGGUGAUAUGUCAGACCACUUUGCCUUUGCCACAUUCUUCCCUGAGAUCCUACAACCAGUGGUUAGCUUCCUAGCCAACCUUGUGCACAGUGUUUUGGUCAAAGUGAAAGUCUGCCGGAAAACAGUGAAACGUUAUGAUGUUGGUGCCCCUUCAUCCAUUACUAUCAGCUUACCUGGAACAGAUCCUCAAGAUGCUGAACGGAGGAGACAACUGGCCUUGAAGGCACUGAACGAGCGGUUAAAGAGUGUGGAAGAUCAUUCGGCAUGGCCCAGCAUGGAGGAUGACGAUGAAGAAAGUAUCAAGGCUGAUACUCCACUGGUUCCUGAGAAGAGCCUGGACUCUGUCACUGCAGGGAAAGCAGGCAGCCAGGAGUCCAGCCUCAUUACCUUUGAGGAUGCCCCCUCUCAGUUGUGACUAUGAAGCAUCUGCCCUUCUUGUCUAGCUGUCCCUCUGUCAGAGCUGCUAAUGAUCCUUUACAUGUCCUCCCUCACAGUGCUGCCUGUUCUGCAGGAAGCAAAAGACUAUGCCUAUUAGCCCUGAGAAGCUAAUUCCUUCCUCCCAGCAGUUGUUAACCGUAUGUGGCUGAUGCCAAGUCCCAGACUCUUUUGGUGAAAACUGUUAACUGUUGCACAGGUCUGGGAUGUUGGUUCUUCUCUUCAGAGGGGUGCUUGAAAUUGAGAAUUUCUCAGAAUUGGCAGGACAGAGGGGGAUCCACACCUCUUCAACUCAAUAAGGAGCAUUCAUCUGAAUAAAACGACCAGCGAAAUUGGCCCCAACCAGUAGCGGCCAUUGUGACUAUCAACACAUGUGUGUGUGUUUAGCUCCUUCUGGUUGGCAGUUCUGGUCAGUCUUUGUGGAGGCCUGGACUACCCAGCCUGAUGAAUUGGCUCCUAUGUUUGAGCCCUAAAUACUAGACCACUAUAUAAGCCCCACCAGGGUAUCACAGAGCAAGCUCAGCAAGUGAUACAGCACUUUCCCUCUUGAUUUUAUUUUACCUUAGUGGCAUCGGUUGUCAGAAAUAACUCCACAGCUUCCUUUUUCCUUUGAAUUUGCUUUGUUCUUGAUUAAAUGAGCAAACACUUAAAAACUAUUUCCUCUAUUAACCUCCUCCCAAGAUUUGGUAGCCCUGGUGAGCUCUGCCAAAAACAAGUUGCUGGAUUAGACAUUCCCAGAACCAGCAUUUAAAAGCCUUUUUAAUAAAAACAUAACCACUUGGUUCAUCUUUUGAAUUUUUGUCAGUGACAGUUUUAGGAAUACAGAGCAGCUUGCUGCUAGUAUGUGAACUACCUUGUGGAAAACAUCAUCUGGCAUUUUCCAUAGGAUUCCUAGAGUGAAUUAUUUUUAUUUCUGUUCUUUAGCCUUUGGUUGUUCUUCAUUUCUCUUGGCAGUGAUUCAGAUGGUAAAGCAGCUUCUGUCUUGGGUGGGGUGCCAGUACAUUCACAGGCUAUUGGAAUGAACUCCUUGCUACAGUAGAAUGUAUGUCACUGGUUCUGUUUUAUUUUUCAGGGUGCUUUUUUGUGAGACUCAUGACAGUUCUUCUAAUGCCUGCUUUUUCUCUUUGGUGAGAUCAUUAUUAGACUCUUCCUCUCCUCUGCGCGGAGAUGCUUCCCCCUCCCCCCCUUUUUGGUGGGUCAGCAGGCCUAAGAUGUUUUGCCUUGACACCAGCCCCAAAUACCCCAAAGGGUACACCUCUCCCAGCUGGAGGACUGGGUUAGGGGACACUUAGCAGAACAGGAAGAGAGUGUGAGACAAUGUUGUGAUAAUUUUUUAAAGGACCACAUGAGAAGCUUUUGUCAACCAGGUAAUGAACACACAAAUUUCAGUAUCAAUAAACAGUUCUUUUGAA